AUGCACAUUCAUCUCUCGACCACGAUACUCUUCGUGACGUUAAAGGUCGUUGCUGUCAAGGCUUUGGUGCCUAUUACUGUGUACAACCAAUGCAGUAAAAGUAUUGAGCUGUUUGACAACAACGUCGUGGAAACGGUCGUUUCAGGUGGCACUGCCAUCCGUACACUCUCGUUGGGGUUUCGCGGCACGUUGCGCGACGGUGUCAAUUCUCCAGCGACUUUGGCCGAGUUCUCCAUGGUUGACGGCUGUUUAAUGUACGGGCUGAACAUUAUCCCGAGUGGAGUCAAUGAUCCUACCUCUUGUACGUCGCUCGAGGAGUGCAAGGCUAUAACGGGUAGUACGGGGUACAAUACUCCGAUGCAAAUAUCUCCAGCAGGAUGCACGGCUGUCACGUGUCUAGAGGAUGGAUGUGUGGACGCUUACCAUUUCCCUACAGACGACACCAAGGCACACAAGUGCACGAACCCGACCUCCAUCCUGGUAACAUUCUGUCCGGGUGGGAGUGAAGGCUUGUCGCAGCAGCAACAGCAACAGCCGUCAGCUAUAUUGCCGACAUUUGCUGCACCGACCCCGGCCCCAACUCAAUCUCCAUCUUUUGCCCCGACGAUGGAAGCUUAUGCCCCGACGAUGGAAGCUUUGCCCUCGAUUCCGACCAUCGAAGUCCUUCCUCAGCUUCAGACGGAGGCUUCAACGUUGACGCAAACGGAGGCGUUGGUUCCCGCCAUUGACGCUGUUAAGUCUGAUACGGCGACGCUUACCGAGACCCCCACCAUCACGCCAUUGAAGCUUGCAGGUUCGAAAGUGAAGUCAUGCGACGGCGAUUACGAAAAUGCUACGCCGUUGCCUAAGAUGGAGUCCAAGACCGAUACCUCGGUAUAUACGACAGCUACUGACGAUACUGCCGCUGGUACGGCUACGGUGGCUCCGACUGUUGAUGCUCCGGCCCCAGCGACUCAGACCCCCACCAUCAUGCCAUUGACGCUUGCAGGUUCGAAAGUGAAGUCAUGCGACGGAGAUUACGAAAAUGCUACGCCGUUGCCCAAGAUGGAGUCCAAGACCGAUACCUCGGUAUAUACGACGGCUACUGACGAUACUGCCGCUGGUACGGCUACGGUGGCUUCGACUGUCGAUGCUCCGGCCCCAGCGACUCAGGUCGUCUCUCCACUGUCGUCAAAGCCCCAGGAAGAAAGCACCCAGAGCGUGAACACCCAACGCAGCGCGGACGAUGGUACUGGUGCAAGCACUGGUGGUCGCUGCUCGAAGAAGAAGAAGAAGAAAGUGGAAGAAGAAGUUGGCGAAACGGAGGAGAAGGAGUUUAACCAGGAGGAUGUCAUGACUCCCUUGACACAAAUCAAUGUGCUGUAA